UGAUUGACCUUGUUGGCAAUCACUUCCGCCCAGGGGUUUGGAAUACCCGAGGCCCUUUGGCGGCGAACAACAGGAAAGGCACUUCCGGUGUAUGUUGCCUAGGCGCCGGCUUGGUGGGCCCUCGGGGCGACAUAAGUGGGUCGUCCUCUCCCCCCCACCCCCCUUUUGGGGUUCGAGAUGUCGGGGCUCAGCGCUCCGGAGAUGGAGGGCUGUCGUAACCUGCUCGGCCUACUAGACAACGAUGAUAUCAUGGCCCUGUGCGACACUAUCACUAACCGCCUGGUGCAGCCUGAGGACCGCCAAGAUGCCAUUCGUGCAAUAUUAGUGUACAGUCAAAACGUAGAAGAACUUUUGAGGCGUAAGAAAGUCCACCGAGAAGUCAUAUUUAAGUACUUGGCAACGCAGGGGGUUAUUGUACCUCCAGCUACUGAAAAGCACAAUCUUAUUCAGCAUGCAAAGGAUUAUUGGAAAAAGCAGUCACAUCUGAAAUUGAAGGAGACACCAGAGCCAGUUAAGACAGAGGACAUUAGAAUAUUUCAACAGGAAAAAGAAGAUAAAAAAGCUGAAAAAGUUGAUUUUCGUCGAUUAGGAGAAGAAUUUUGUCACUGGUUCUUUGAACUUCUUAAUUCUCAGAAUCCUUUUCUGGGUCCACCUCAAGAUGAAUGGGGGCCACAGCACUUCUGGCACGAUGUCAAGCUUAGGUUUUAUUACAACACCUCUGAACAAAACGUGAUAGACUACUAUGGAGCAGAAAUUGUGAGCCUUCGUCUGCUGUCACUAGUGAAAGAAGAGUAUCUUUUUCUCAGUCCCAACCUAGAUUCCCAUGGACUGAAAUGUGCUUCUUCUCCCCAUGGUCUGGUUAUGGUUGGAGUUGCUGGGACUGUCCACCGAGGGAACACUUGUUUGGGCAUUUUUGAACAAAUUUUUGGACUCAUACGCUGCCCUUUUGUGGAAAAUACAUGGAAAAUCAAAUUUAUCAACUUGAGAAUUAUUGGAGAGGGUUCUCUUGCUCCUGGAACAUCAAUGAAACCAGCUGUUACAUUUGAACCUAGUGAUCUAGAGGCCUUUUAUAACGUAAUUAGUUUAUGUAGUACAAACGAAGUACAACUUAAUGUAAGGCAGACAUUGGAUAGUGGAACUGGAGACCAGGCUUUAAGCAGUGGAGAUGAGGCAUUGUUGAACAAAAGAGAACUGAAUUUACCCAACCCUCUAAAGCACUGAACAUUGUAUGUCAGUCUCAAAAACUUUCUAUAUGAAAACUCCUCUAAAUACCCCAUCAGUAAUGUCUGAGUGAUAUCAGGUGUGAGGAUUGACAUUUUAGUUGAAAUAUCUGUCUUGAUAACAGACUGACAUACUAUGUGAAUACUUGACUCUUUCUACCUGAGUUGCAGCAAAUGUUCUAAGAACUAAUGCAGUUCAUCAAAUAAAUCCCUUUUAGAUGGUAUGACUAACGGUGUGCCUUAGAAACCAGGUAAUACUUUCAUUUUACUUAGUGGAUAUUCUGCUAAUAUUUGUACUUUUCAUGUGGGAAAGGUUUAAUGUAAACUCAAAGUUACCAUUUUAGAAAACUUGAGUGACAUUCUCACGCAAAAAGUCCAAUAAUUUAGCAGGUGGAGAAAAAUAUACUUUGCCUUUUUAAAAUUUGAGGAACAUUUUUCAGUUAUCUAUUAGUAGACCAAGCUAAAUAUCUUAAAAUCUGCAACAUUUUCUGAACUCUUUUGGGCAAUGAUAAAUGCUAUUCUCUAAACAGACCUAAUUCUUAUCUAAGGCUUCAGCUAACAUUUUUAUAGAACAUUUAUUGUAAUACUAUAUAAAGGAAACAUACCAUUGAAAUUUUUUAAAAGGUAUGCCCAGUUCUAACUUAAAUGAAUUACUAUUUUCCUCUUGAUUGAUCUUGGAAGAGGUGACCAAAACCACCCCCAUCCAAAACAAAAAAAACACACACAAAUUUAUAAUGUGGGCAUAUCUAUAUACAGAUAUAGAUAAACUCCUACAUCAUAAAUUAAAAUUAUUAGGAUUUUUCGCCUCUAAAUUGUUCUACUAGGUUUGACUUAAAAGGUUAAGUUGCUUUAGGGUUUAAAUUCUUCAUCACUUGGCAACUACUUGCUGAUCUGGGACUUAGUAAUUUUAAUUUUAAAAAAUGCCAUAUAGAAAAAAUUCAGCAGGGAAUUGUGAUGAUGUGUUGUACAUGUUAUUUUACCUUUAACUCUUCUCGUGAUCAUCUAGGAUAACAAGAAUUUUGGAAGCAGGGGGAAAAAACUCAUCAUUUUUGGUUUUUUAAUGCCAUACCUUUUACGAGAAGUACAAAUUGAUACAUCCUAAAAUAAGAACUUAAUAAAGGAGGGAAAUUCCUACUGUCUGCUAUAAGAAUAGUAUAUUGUUUAGAUUUAAACCAGAUUAUCAUUUUCGUCUUUAAGUAGAGUAUCAUUAUAACAUGUACUCAAUAAAUAUCAGUAAAGGAUAAAAUUAAAAACUAUUCCCAUCUGUAUUCUUUGUGGUAUUAAUGACAAGUACUGCAGAAAUAUUACUACAGAUAGAUGCUCAGGAUGGGCAGAAGUUGCCUCUAGCUAUCUUCAGUAUGGACUUUUUGAAUUCGUGUAAUGCUCAAGUAAGGCUGCAAUCUUUGCAUGUUCUUUUAAUCAACAUUAGAAAUUUGAAAUCUUACUGAUAGAACCUCUCGAGAAUUGGAACUAUAUUUUACUUUCUGUGAAUCCCCACAGCUGGACAACACAGUAGGACCUAAUGUUUAACUGGAUGAAAUAAUGAGCAAAAGAAAUUUACAUACUGUAUAAAAGACUUUACUGCAUCUAGAUUUUGUCUUUGGUUCUUAUCAGUGAUGGGUUGGUUUGUUUGAUCAUUUCAUCCGUUUGAAUUUCAUAUGUGGAUACACAGAAACUUUUAGGCUCCAAGCCAACAGAUAUAACCUUCUUUUAAAAUUUACUAAAUUUAAAAAGCCCACGGGUGAGAAUGGGAUAAACUGAAAGGCUAUAAAUUAUAGGAGAAGUAUAUAUUUUUAUGCUCAGAGAAAGAAGACCUGGAGGAAUUGAAAUUUAUUCAUGAAGUUUAAAGCUUGUUCAAGCCUUUGAGAAGGUCCAGAAGCACACUGUAGAUUGAACUCUGCUUUUCUACCGUCCCUUUGUUUUUUAUAUGUUAGAGAAUGGCAGAGACCCCAGCUUUAGGUCCCUUUAGCUUCAUUUCACCCUCAACUGAUAUUUUGAAAGUUGUUGGAGUCAAGUAGUAGAGAGUACAACACUACACAAUUCACAGUGAUUGAAUGGUCAAACCAGGGGGGCAGCUGGGCUUUAUUUACUAUAGACUGCUUUGCAGUAGACUAAUAGGGCAUACAUGAAGUAUCUGUUCUUGUUAAAAUAAAACAAUCUUAAAGUAAUAGUUACAUUGGGAUGUCUUAUUAGUACCUAAUAAGAUACUAAUGCCAAAAACAAAUUUCAUGAGUCUUAUUAACUAAAUACCAAAUAAUAGGAAAAAAGCCAUCUCUGUUUUAUGAAAGCAACUUGCAAAUGGCCAACACAGGAAAACUUCAUUCCUAUGUUUUCAGAAAGAUAAUAUUCUUAAGCUAAAGGAAGGCUGAGUAACCACUGCCGUAAGAAAUUAUAAUAGCACCAGAAAAGGGUUUAAAGAAUAGUGGCUUAAUUUAAAAAGUCAGCAGUUUUGUGUUUCAACAAAAUGGCUCUUAUGGCCAAGUAAAUGAUAAACAGAAUAAAAUACAAUAAAAAUAUAUAAAUAAAAAACAUAAAAACAUGCUCUAAUGUUUUUAUUAGUAUCUGUAUUCACAAAUUUAGAUGCCCUUUUCACUGGUUCUUAAUUUGGGCUGUAGGGAAUGAUCAUGGAUUUUUUGAAAAAUGAGAGCUCUGUUCUUUCUCCCCAGAAAAAGUGUUUGCAUUUAGUAUUACAAUUUUUGCAUUAUUUCACUGAGUUUAUGGACUUCCCUAAAGCACAUCUGUGACUCCUAUAAGCAUCCUUAUACUUCUCAUGUUAAAAUCCUGUCAUAAUAGUUAUAUUUCCUCCAAACUACUACUCAAUAUUAAAAUUAUUUUUAAGAAAAUUUUGUGCCCUUGCUGGAGUCCAUAAGCUAGAGGACUAAAUCUUACUUAUGAAUGUAAGGAUAAUCUCUAGGAAAUAUAUUAGUUUAUGAUAGUUGUUAAUUUGUGGAUUUUGUUUUUCAAGACAUGCUAAGAUAAAACCUACUGAAAUAGCCAAGUGAAACAAAAAUGUUCAGAAUUCAUUUUAUUUUGGCAAGAUAAAUUUAUGAAUGAUAACAUGCGUUAGAGAAAGUGUGACAGAAAAAUCUGAAGAGAAAAAGUAUUAAAAAAAAUUCUCAGGGUACCUGGGUGGCUCAGUCGGUUAAGUGUCUGCCUUCUGCCCAGGCCACUAUCUCAGGACUCUGGGAACGUCCUGGGAACUAGCCCUACCGGUGGAUCCUGUCCUGUCUCUUCCUCUCCCUCUGCCCCUCCCCUGCUCCUGCUUGCUCCCUUACUCUCUCAGUUAAUAAGUAAAAUCUUAAAAAAAGAUUUCUCUAGAUCUUUACAAAAACUUUAUCCUGAGAUGUUAUUUAGUAAUAUAUACUGCUAAUUUUGAUGAAGGAUUUUAAACAUAGGAUCAUUUCCUCUGAAGGUUUGUGUAUGUGACCUCACAACAUUCCUUCUCCCCUCACCCAUGCUCUUUAUAACGUUUGUAUAUACUCAAGUUUGAAUGCAGAUAGCACAAAUCCAAGUGCUGGGAAAAUAGGACUUUUUUGCAUCUGGGUUCUCUUCAGGUUUAUUUGGCAUAUAUUAACGGAGCAUCUACAAUUUAAGUCACUGAAUCAAGCACAAGAUAAAAUAAUACUCAAUAGGUUAUUUACCUAAAUUUCCUUUGUUAAGUUUCAGUUUCCUAGUUUACAUGUCUUAAGAUGAGAACUGCUUUAGGCCCUUUUUUUUAGGGUGUGGUUAUAUCUUUUUUGUAUGGGUCAGGAAAGAAAAACACUUAAUUGAAAUUUUAGAUAGCUGUGUGGCCCUAGCUAUGCCAUGUUGAUUGUAUCAAUGCAGAAUAUAAGAUAUUUUGACAGACUAUUUAGAGUUGGAAGGAAAAUAAUUUCAGAACUGUAUUAGAGUGCACUAGAUCUUUUUAACUUUAUUUUUUUCUAGUUUGAUACUUUUCCAGUAGUCCUGCAGUAAAACAUUAAUAUUAAAGUGGAGUAUUAUUUACUAUGAGAUAGAAUGCACUCUAAAAUAUUAAAACAUAGACUCCAGAAAUGUGUUACUCAUGAAAUGUUAAUAAAAUCACUGGCCUCAAAUUUGAUACCUCCUAAUUUCUACUGCUAGUACUGCCUAGUAUUUCCCUUCAUAGUCAUUUAGUGAGGGUUCUUUGGUUAGCAGUUUUCAUCUUCAGGUUUUAGACACCCUGAAUGUCAAGUAUGAAAUUUAGUUACAUUUGAAUUAAUGAAUUUAAGAAUUGAAGGCUCCUCUGCUGCACAGUGCCAACUGUGUUACUUAAUCCAUUUUCUGAACAAAAGUUAAAAUCAGUAACUAUUUAGGAAAGCCUUUUUUCUUGAAGCAUUUAGUUUCACAAGUUUGCAUUAAUCUUUUCCAUCUCUUAAAAUACUGAUGGUUAGUAUUUAUCUAAUUGUUCUCAAAUUGUUACAUGUAACUUACUAUUGCCUCCCUAAAUAGAUGGUAAAUUACUAGAACUGGUGACUCUUUUCUAAAAGAUUUUCUUAAAUUGUAGUGUAAUUAACAUACGGUGGGUGUUACGAUAGUUUCAGAGGUCCAAUAUAGUGGUUCGACAGUUCUGUAUAUUACUCAGUGCUCAUCCUGAUAAGUGUAUUCUUAACCCCUUUCAGCUAUUUUACCCCUCAGUUUUUGAUGAAUCCUUCUGUCUUCAGUAUGAAAGGUCAUUUGCUAGCUCUGAUUUCCAAAGCAAAGGUGCCUUUAGUCUCUAUUGUUUAUCUAAGUACAGUCUAGGAGUGUUAGUGCAUGCCAUAUGCUUGGAAUUAUACUUCUUAAAUUGCUUGGUGAUUUGAAACCACUUGAAAAGAUAUAGAAUGCUCCUGUAUGAUAUUAUAAAAAGGAAUAGAGAUAAUUGGGGUAUAUAGAAAUAUAUGUAAAAAUUUAUAUGAAAUUUCUUGAACUUAGUGUGUCAUCACAAUCUAAUCUUCUUCCCUUCCUAUUGUACUUUCAGUGUCAGAAAUAGUCUGUUUCACACAUUUAAUUUCUUGCCAUGUCUGGAUGCAGUGUAUCUACAAUAUUGCUUUUUAUUUCAGCUGCUACUAUAAUUAGAAUUUCUUUACCUAAACAUUGACUUAAUUAUUUCUUUGCUUUAAUAUUUUUUACAUAUUUAAAACAUUAAAAUUUCCUUAAAGUAUAGCUUUCAUUUCUUCCAUGCUCAGAACUUUCAGUAUGUAUAGCAUUACCUCCAAAAUAAAAUCCAGAUUUUAGAGCGCCUGGGUGGCUCAGUGGGUUGAGCCUCUGCCUUCAGCUCGGGUCAUGAUCUCAGGGUCCUGGGAUCGAGUCCUGCAUCGGGUUCUCUGCUUGGCAGGUAGCCUGCUUCCUCCUCACUCUCUCUGCCUGCCUCUCUUCCUACUUGUGAUUUCUCUCUGUCAAAUAAAUAAAUAAAACUGAAAAAAAUAAAAUCCAGAUUUUAUAAUCUGGUUUUCGUCACCAUCUAGGUUUGAUUUCCCUCAUUUUCAUGCAUUGUUUGGUCCAGCCAACAUUUGCUAUUAAGUAGUCUUAGUAUUUAUCCUGUGCUUACUUAGCCCCUGCUUUUAUUGGGAAGUAUAGACAGCCCUUGAUUUAUAGUGGUUCGAUUUAGGAUUUUUCAAUGUUACAAAGGUGUGAAAUUGAAAUGCAUUCAGUAGGAAUCAUACUUUUGUUGUUGUUGUUGUUGUUAUUUAAGUAAUCUCUACACCCCAUGUGGGGCUUGGACUCACGACCCUAAGAUCAAGAGUCACAUGCUCCGACCUAGCCAGCCAGGCACCCCAGUAGAAACGGUACUUUGAAUGAAUUUUGGUCUUUUCCCAGGCUAGAGAAGGGGUACAAUACUCUCUCGGUGCUGGGCAGCAGCAGGUUGUGCCAUGUCCCAGUCAGCCAUGCAGUCACAAGGGUGACCCACCAAUACACUUAAAAUAAUUUUGUAUCCAUACGGUCAUUCUGUUUUUCAAUUUCUUUACAGUAUUCAGUAAGUUACAGGAGAUAUUUAGCACCUUAUUUAUCAUAAAAUAAGUUUUGUAUUAGAUGAUUUUGUCCUACUGUAGGUUAAUAUAAGUGUUCUGAACACAUUUAAGGUAGGCUAGGCAAAGAUCGGGGGUUAAGUAGGUCCUAACCUAUUAAAUACAUAUCAACCUAAUGAUAUUUUCAACUUCUGUUGGGUUUAUUGGGAUGGACCCAUUGUAAGUCAAAGUAGGUCUGUAUACAAAAUAGUGAAAGUUAAUUUUUUUGUUGUUGCAGAUAGUCUGAUAAUAUAAAAUUAAAAGGGCUAUGAUUGAAACAGUUUAAAAAUAGAAAUGUCUUUAAGUGAUGCAUUUUUUUCUCUUGAGGUGUUUUAGGUCUUAUCUGUCUAAAAUUUUCCUAGCUUUUUGCAUGGCUGCUUAAUUUUUAUCUUUUAGGAUUUUUCUUAAAUGUUUUCUCUCUUCUGUACGUAGACCCCGUUUUUAAUAUUUCUAAGAGCUCCUGUUUAUUUCGGUCCUAACAUUUUAAAUAUUAACUCACUAACUUGUUAAUCUCCCACUAGAUUUUAAACUGAGAGCCGAGUUUAAAGCUGUUAGUCUUUCAUUUUUGUCCAUUACCUUGUGCAGACUAAGUAUUCAAAUUGAUAUUUAUUAAAGCUAUAAAUAAGGUAACAAAUGAUAUUUUUUCAGAGCCUUUUAUAUUCCUAGCCCUUUGCCUGUCUGCUAAAGACAAUGCCUAGCAUAUGUAUUAGGUCCUCAAUAAAUGUCUGUUUAAUGAAUAAAGCCAAAGUUAUCUUCCUGAAUAAUGAAAUGUGAGCUCUAAUACAAUCAACAAUAAUUUGGUAAUUAGAAGUAUUAAAGUUUUAUUAUGCUUUUGUGAAAGAUGAAGAAAUUGAAGCCCCAAAAGUUAAGUAAUGUUCUGAAGUUCACAUACUUUUGUUAUGGGUAUUUUUUUCCUGUUGUUUUUUGUUUUGUGUGGGGUGGGGGAGCAUGGGUGGAGCGAUGAUUGAAUUUUUAAACUACAAAGCCUGUUUUUUUCUUGCACUUUAUUUCUAGUCUGACUACUACUACCUUAUUGUGAAAGAAUUUAAACUCUAAUUCUCAUUUUCUUCAUAUGUAAAAAUAAACAGAUGAUUUCUGAGCUAUUUUGAAGUUACA